CCCACUCAGGCACCGGUGACAGUCAAAGUUUAACAUCUUUAAAGGCUUCUCCAGCUUUUUCCUCCUUGGCUGGAGCUAGCAAAUCGAGCUCACAUCACUCUGGACCUCAUUGUUCGGGGUCGGCAAUAGCCGGUGCUCUCGGUCGUGGUUUCGAGUCUUCCCAGGAGGCCCGCGCCGCGCUGGCUUAUUUCCAUGCCACCGGAGUUCUGGUGCACUUUCGAGACUCGCAUCUCGUUUGCCUCGAUCCAGUGUGGCUUUUCGAUAUGAUCGCAGAGGUACUGCGUGAUCUUGCUGGACUUUUAUUAACGCCAGACCUUUCUGCUGAGAAUCAGUGCAUAACUAAGGACUUCGACUUGAACCCAGAAGAUAGCAUAUUAGGAGGUCAGGAAGCAGUAAAGAAGGAUACCGCCAACGAAGGAGAUAUUGAUGAUGCUUUUGGGAGAGCCCCACAAACUCACCCAGCAAGUCUUCGAUUAAUGCCUUCCUUAGCUAGUUCUAAGGGGCCAAUCGUUCCAGAAGCCACAGGCCAAUCGGGAGAUGAAUUCUUUUUGACCUCAACGUGCUUAUGCAACCGCGAACUAGCUAGAGCAGGUGAGUAUUUUUGGAAGUUGCCAAAUAGAGAUGGGUGA